UAGACAAGAGAGAGGAGGGAGAGAUAGCAGGGGAAGUAUGAGGAGAGGGAGACAAACUUUAGGAACCUGUUUCUGGGAUGAGCUGAGGUUUGACUCUCUCUUUUUCUGAGCAUUUGGUGCUAAUGUGAAAAAGGAAAAAAAAAAAAAAAAGAAAAGAAAAAGAAACAGAAAAAAAGAAAAGAAGAAACGUCGCUUUUGUUGCCACCACUGUCAGUCCGCUGUCAUAUCAAAGUGCUUGAUGGCUGUUGCACAGGCUGUGCUGCCGUCCUUCAGCUCCUUCUCCAACCUCGCUCACUCCAGUGACAACAUGAAAGUGUGGAAGUCUGAGAGUGGCCCUCUCCCGCUGGACGCUCGAUGCAGCAAACUGUCACCCAGCAGCUCUGAGCAGCUGCAGGUCUCUCAACAAAUGGCAGAGGAGCUCCUGGAUGAUGACAGCCAAGCAUCCUGGGACAUUGAGUUCCUGCUGUCUGAUUGGAGCCACCCAUCACCUGACCUCAACGCUCCUCUGGACAACAAUAAUCAACGGCUCCCGCAGUUUGACCCAAACGGACCGUACCAAGAGGCGGCCAUGUUUAAGGACCAGCAGGAACAGGAGCCUCCACAGGUGAGCAGUGGUGCCCUCAUGGUGGAUCUCCUCUCCCCAGCUGAAAUCACGACGACGGUCCAGCCAGAGGUGUACCACCAUGGUUAUAUAGAUGACCAAACAGGUCCGACUUCAUAUCCUGGUCUGCCUAACGUGGAUCAGUUUGGCUUUCAUCAAGGAGGCGGCGUGGACAGACACAGCAGAGGAAACCUCAGUAAAGUCCCGUCAUGUGACUUUAACCCUUACUUUCCCAUGCAACAACCCUCCAUGGUGACCUUCCCCAACAGCAGGUUCAUCCCACCUCAAGCUGUGACCCCUGACCCCCGACACUACAGCUACAUGGCACACUUUAACCACAAUGUCAACCUUUUCUGUGACUACGCUCACAGCCCGGCCACUGGUCAUCUGCCCCUCCACCAGCAGCCCCUGCUGGCCGGACCACAGCUGCCACCUGGUGGAGUGGAAGGAAAGCGUGGGCGAAGGCCUACGGGGAAAAAAAGGCCCGCCAUCCACAGCUGCGAAUACCCCGGCUGCAGCAAGACCUACACUAAGAGCUCACACCUCAAGGCGCACCUCCGAACCCACACAGGGGAGAAGCCUUACCACUGCUCAUGGGAGGGCUGCAGCUGGAAAUUCGCCCGCUCAGAUGAGCUGACGCGUCACUACAGGAAGCACACCGGCCAAAAACCCUACGAGUGUAUGCUGUGUCAGAGGGCCUUCUCACGCUCUGACCAUCUGGCUCUGCACAUGAAGAGACACACCUGAUGCUCACGCAUACUGAAACACAAGCCGCCGCCACUUAAACAAAGAAAUUGAAAGGUAGAAGUCCUCUACCUGAAUUGACUCUGUAUUCUGACCCAGAUCAGUACAUCGAACAGAUGAAUUUGGAACUAAGUUGCCUCAGAUAUUAUCUGAACAUCAAAUCUGUAGUUGAUUACGUGGCUGGUUAACAAUACAGACCCACAAAACAACACAACCAGUGGUGGGAUGGCACCAUAAGCCUGAGGGGAGCUGUUUUAAUUUGCUUGACCAUUUUUGUUUACUACUUCAAAAAAACAAUGAGAUUGACAGUUAAUCUAAUUCAGAAGCCUUAAUCAUAUUAAAUUAUCUCUCUUUUUUUAAAAAAAAUUUGUGGGGAUUUUAGCCUCCAUACAUGGGUCACAUCAUAAGGUGUACAUGUGCCCUGAAAGAAAUCAGUGUUAUCCACGGCUUAAAGACUGACCAUAAGAUAAUGACUCAUUGAUUACCCACAGUGCAGUUCGACAAAGUUCCCUCUGUAAAAUCUGUAAGCAUGCUCACAUUUGUCUUCCUCUUUAAUGUGACGACCCUAUUGUUCCAGUUUAGAUUACACAAACUCAGACUGAUUACUUGGAAAUCAUGAAGUCAUGAUCUUGAUGACUCAGACUUCAUCAGUGAGAUGUUGGGACUUGAAGAAUGAGUCGGUUCUCACUCUUUUCCGACCCUGACACAAAUGCUCAGAGACACUCAUAUACCGACUCAUACAAACACUGUUCCUGUCCUUAACCUUGACUAUCACAGCAACAUGCCUGAUCUCAACCCUGACCCUGCAGCUAAAAGAUUUGUCCAUCGACAGACCAAAGAAUUGAGGACAAAAAAUCUAAAAGUCAUGCUGGUCCUUCCAAAGUACUUUUUGAGGACCAGUACAAGAACACUUGUGAUGUAAAGUUAAUUUGCUGACAACAGUGAGGGGCCACUUGGACAAACACUGUACACAAUGUGGGCAUGAAGUCAGCAAACAUUAACACUAACAAAUGACCUACCCAAUCGUGUGUGUAAUAUGGGUUAUAAGACAAUACAUGACAGAACAGAGUUAACAAUGCUUUGCUGCAUUACUGCUGAGAUGAUCUGAUAUCGUUGUCUGAAUUUCCUUGAGAGUUCUAGUUAUGUGUAAUAUUAAAAGCAAUGGAAACAAACCUUAAAGUUUAUGCUAAGCUACAUGCCUGUACAGUAGAUGCUAUGUAUAUACGUUUGUUUGGGGAGUUAUAAUUUACGAAAAAAACAUAAUAUGCUUUUGUCUCCAUCUCAUCAAGCAGAAUGUAUAACUGUAAAUAAUCUGCAGCUUUCUCGGUUGUUUAUAAUCAUCUCAAAGUGAGCAUAUUUAUUAACAUAGCCUUUUAUAUCAGCAGAAGAUGGUAUAUUAUUGUACAAUGUUUUUUUUUAUUUCUGGAAAGAGUGCUUUAAAAUCCACUAAUUAUUGUUUUAAUUGUCAUAAUUCUAAUAAAGAACUCUAACGCUGUUAAACAGUCUCAUAAUGUAAGGUGAUUUAUUCUGGAGAUUAUCAGAGAUAUCGCACCAUGACAGUGUGGGGUUCCAAGUCUUAUGUACGUAUGUAUGUAAGUCAUUAUUAGUCACGAUUUAAUCGACUAAACUUUUUAAGUGCUGUAAUCUGUUGAGAUAAAUCUGGUCUGGAUGGAGAAAAAGUAAGGUUCCAGUGUGCAAGGGGAUCAAUUGGCAGAGAUACAAUAUGUCAUAUACUAGGGCUGGAUAUCACCAGGUACCUCGUGAUAUGAUACUAUCACGAUAUUUUGCCCACGAUAACGAUAAUAUCACGAUACAGCAAUUCUGUGAUAAUCAAUAUGUUGCAAUAAAAUUUCAUCCAUGAUACAUAAUGA